AAAUUGUAUAUUACGAAAAAGCUGAUCUUAGUCUUCAAUUUAUAAUAUUUAUUUUACAGAAGGAUUGCCACCGCAGUUCUCCUCCGCCACAGGUCACCAACGAAGAAAAUGAAGAUUAAUAUAAAAAAUAAAGAAACAUAUUCAAAAUAUAUAUACAGAUAUGAUAAAAAAUAAAAGAACAUUUAUAUAUAAAUAACAAUUUUAUUCCUCAUCGCCUCUUCCGUUCCUUUGCAUGAUUUCAAGAACUUAAUUUUGCACCUUGCUAUACUCAUGAUCGUGAUUUCAUACGUACAAAGUUAAACUAUUAUAUUCAACAAUAGUUAGUUCGAUAACAAAACUGUAAUUUCAAAACUUUUCUCUCUCAUUUUUCACAUAAUCUCCACCCACCGCGCCUCUAACCAAUCGCUUUGUGAUGUCUCCCCUCCACCAUCUAAAACCUCAAAUUUUGAAACCCAUCUCUUUGCCACGCCCCCACCCACGCCUCUGACCAAUCGCUUUACGCGAUGUCCCCAUCCAAAAACUCAAAUUUGCGGUAAACUCCUCCACCCAAGACAUUUCCCUAAUAUAAAAGAGUAAGGACUUCAAGUAAAGUUCUUUGUAAGAAAAAUCUGUGCGAAAAGUAAAAGUGUUGUGGAAAAAAGUUUCUCAAAAUGGAACUCUACCAAUUCGAAGAUGUUGUGGCAGAAUCUUCGCAAGUGGCAACAUUGAGUGAAUAUUUCACGUGGCAGCAACGUUGUGACGAGUGCAUCGAGCGAUUAGAGGAACAAUGUCGUGCUAAACGUCCACGACUAUCUCUCGGACGCAAUCACUCGUUAGUGGCUCGAAUCGCACGGCUCGAGGGAUUGAAGAAGGAAUUGGAAACACGCUUCAUACAUGUCGGUAGCGGUGACCACGCCGAACAGCCUUCCAACAUAAAACUCUCUUGGCGAGAGAUUGAUACCGCGUUCAAAAACCGUGUUCUGACCGGUGCAGUGAUAAGCGUGGAUUACAUCGACCCGCGACGAUUCCUGGAGGACGUUCGUGAUGUAGUGCUGGAGCAUGUGCGCAACGCUAUUGAACAACACAACAGCGUAAAAGUGAAUACCAUGUUCAAUGGGGAGUUCGUGGCGGGUGAGAAGACCGCCAAUAAAAGUAUCAAUACACGAAACCGCGAACUCUUUAAGACAUCGGAUUUGCAAGAGUGGUUCACGCAAUACGUGAUCGAACCCACCCUGGCGUCUCUCGAGGAGUUCCAGGAACGCGAUAGCGGGUGGGCAUUGUCGCGUAUAUUGAACUUGACCAUCAACGUGAACAGAUACAAUCCAAUGCACGCUGGAUGUCAAAUCAAAAUACCGAAGGAGAUAAAGCUGAAGAAAGCAGUGGUGAACGUGCAAUCGAAGGACAAUGCGUGUUUCGCGUGGUCGGUGGUCGCCAUUCUGUAUCCAGCGGAAAGACAUACGGAACGUAAAUCUUCCUAUCCGCAUUAUACAACGGUGCUGAAUCUCAAGGGCAUAGAGUUUCCAGUGUCGCUGAAGCAAAUAAAAAAAUUUGAGCUUCUGAACGACAUCUCGGUAAACGUAUACGCCGCCCAGGAGAAGAAGGAGGAAGAGGAAAAACUCACGAUUGUGCCGAUAAGACUCGCUGACGAGAAGAAGUGCAAGCAUGUGAACCUGCUAUACAUGCAGGAUCCGCUUGACAACGUGGAACAUUUCGCUUGCAUCAAGAAUCUGUCUCGGACGGUGAGCUCGCAACUUAGCAGCAAUAAACGAAAAAAAUACAUUUGUGAUCGGUAAGUAGCGUUAUUAUACCUUUAUAUA